CCAUGUCCAUGUCAUCAUAACCACACCAGCACACUGGGAACUAAUUGCCCACCUUGUUGGCACUCUCAGGACAGAGAUGAGAACUCACUGGACUAUGGGAGCAACUUUGGAGCAUUGCGGCAGGUAACUUUUUUGGUGCUGAGAUAUUCACUGGGAUUCUGAAAGCCUCAGUUGAAUCACCCAGUCUCCUGUACACUGAAUGGGUUUCCAGAUAUAUUUUAAGGACACCAAAUGGAGCAGGAGAACCUCACCACUACAGUGACAGAUUUUGUCCUCUUGGGCCUCACCCAAAGUCCUGAGCUGCAGCGAUUCCUUUUCAUUGUCUUCUCCAUAGUCUACCUGACAACCUGGCUCGGAAACUUCACCAUCAUCAUCAGUGUGAUAACUGACCACCAGCUCCACACCCCUAUGUACUUCCUGCUGGCCAACCUGGCUUUCAUAGAUAUUAGUGACUCUACAGUCAGUGUGCCAAAGAUGCUCUUGGGUCUCCUCUCCCAGCGCAAAACCAUCUCCUUCAAUGAAUGCAUCCUCCAGAUGUUCUUCUUCCACUUCAUCGCCGGUGCUAUGGUAUUUUUACUUGCAGCGAUAGCCGCCGAUAGGUACGUGGCUAUCCAUAAACCAUUGCAAUAUUUGACUAUCAUGAACUGGGGUGUGUGCAUGGGGCUAGUGGCCGGCACAUGGCUGGGUGGAUUGGCUCACUCUGCUGUUCAAAUUGGAAUGGUCCUCCAGCUACCGUUCUGUGGGCCGAACAUCCUGGACAAUUUCUACUGCGAUAUCCCACAAGUCGUGAAACUGGCCUGCACUGACACCUGCCUGUUUGAGCUGCUGAUGGUCUCCCACAAUGGGGUGAUUGUCAUAAUUAUCUUCAUUCUCCUGCUCAUUUCAUACACCAUCAUCUUAGUCAAGAUCAGGACACACCUUACGGAAGGGAAGCACAAGGCUCUGUCCACCUGCGGAACCCAAAUCAUGGUAGUGUGUUUAAUAUUUGUGCCCUGCAUCUUCAUCUAUGCCCGGCCCUUCCGGAAAUUCCCUAUGUACAAGGUUGUCUCAGUCCUUUACACUAUAAUCCCCCCGAUGCUGAACCCAAUGAUCUACACGCUGAGGAAUGCCGAGAUGAAGAAGGCUAUCAGGAGACUGAUGAGCAGAACGGUCUUUUCAGGGAGGAAAAUAAAGACAUAA